UAUCCCAGCUGAUUGUGAACGAGGUAAUAUUUUACACAUUGAUAUACUCCUUAAAAUUUAACAAUUAAUCCAUAUUAAUUUUAAAAUAUUGAAUUUGCAUACAAUAGCGCCUCCAAGUAAACGUGGACGCCAUAAGGGAUUGAACACGCGGGAAAAGAGGGAACAGUUGGGGCGUCCUCUCCCUCUCGAGUGGGAUGUGCGGGGGAGAACAUAUAAAGAGAUCGGAGAGUACAGCUCAAAUUUCUCAAGAGAGCUCGGAUUACUUGUUCGACAGUACACAGAUCCAGACUGUCCUCAAUGGUCAAAAGUACCAAAUGCCUCGAAAGAAAGAAUACUUGCACAUUUGGAAGAUGAUUUGUUUGAUAUUGGGCGUACUAGAUAUGGAGAAGGGCAUAUGCCUGGGAUCUUGAGAGGCAUUGAUACUUCGUGUGCUAAAAAGUAUUCUGACUGGAAGUACGAUAUUAAAGAGCACUUAACAAUUAAUGGGCCACAAAAUCGUUAUGGUGGUUGCACGGAUACGCAGUGGCAAAAAGCAAUUGAUUUUUUCCGUCGCCCAGAAAUUACGAAACGUUCUGUGGUCAACAAGGAAAAUAGAAAGAAACUGAAAGAGCUUAGCUAUGGAGGUUCUCAGUCAAUCCCAGCCUUACGCUAUAAAAAGGAGGAAUUGCGUGCAUACCGCGACACACAGCAGACACAGGCAACUGAUACUGAGACGGCCUUCUUUGGACAGGUUAAGGGUGCUGCAAAAGUAAAGAGACUUGCUCUUCCUGUCAGCUUACUCGUCGGCAUUACUGCUCUCUCAGGAGCAUUUGUUUUAGGAAAUGAUGAUGGACAUGCCUACAAUACUUUUCCGAAGAUGGGCGACACAUGGAUACCUGAGGAUGUUCUAGAAAUGAACCCACUUAUUCGCAACUUCUUUGAGAAUACCUCAAUGGUACAGCUUGACCAUCGGAUCUUGACAACAGCCACCUUAGUUUCAAUAGCCUCGUUAUGGUGGUUAACGAGGAAGGUGGAUCUUCAUCCUGCAGUUCGAUAUUUGAUUGGAAGCACUGUUGGCAUGGCUGGUCUUCAGGUUACCUUGGGGAUAUCUACCCUUUUGUCAUUCGUGCCAGUUUCCCUGGGCAGUGCUCAUCAAGCUGGGGCUUUGACACUAAUGUCACUGAUGAUCCUUCUCAUUCACACUCUGAGGAAGCCAUCGCCCUCUCUUCUUAAAUCUCUGCCUAAAGUUGCCAAGACAAUCUAGCUUACUGCACAAAUUUAUGCAGAUCCUGCCCUUUUGGUUGGUGUUUCUGUUCAUGAGUUCUUUCUUAUUUUGCAUAAGAAAAAUUCGUUUCAUAAACGCAUAAUGCUCGGCCUUUGUUUUUCUUCUUCUUCUUCUUGUUUAGCUAAUGUGAUUUAUUCAAUUCCUCAUUGUGGAACUUGAAACGUUAUAAAUUGAAAAAAUAAUACAAUGACAAAUUUCCUUCCUGGAUGGUGCUUCAUGUUACAAGGGCCUUUGUGGUUAAAGAAACUUACCCCAUUUUCGUUCAUGGAGAUCAGCUAGAAAAAGUUUGAUGGAAGAAGACGUAUCAGAGAACAUUGAUUGAUCAGAUAAGAUAUUUGUAUAUUGGAAUGAGGUUGUGAGAGAGUGGUGAUAAAGAAUAGCACAAGACUAGAUAAAGUAUUACAAUAUAUUUUAAUACCAUCUCUU